UUAUUACAUGCUUAUAAAGUACUUAAUAUAUACCUUCUUGCAGCUUCUCAAAAACCAUAAACAGAAUUCAUUUUUGAAACUUCUUACACUUCCUAGUUUGCUGUAACCAAUUUUCUUCUUCUAAAAUGGAUUGGACCAGAGGCCAAACCAUAGGCCACGGCUCUUCCGCCGCCGUCUUUGUUGCUAAGUCACGUUGGACCAGAGAGAUUUUUGCUGUUAAGUCAGUGGAAUUAUCCCAGUCUCAGUUCUUGCAAAAAGAACAGAAAAUUUUGUCCGAAUUGAGUUCCCCUUACAUAGUUAGCUACAAGGGGUAUGAUGUUACAAAGGAGAACGACAAAUUCAUGUUUAAUCUUAUGAUGGAGUACAUGUCUGACGGUACACUUACUGAUGAAAUCCGGAAACAGGGUGGUCAGAUCAACGAGUCGUUAAUCGGGUAUUAUACCAAGCAAAUUCUGCAAGGAGUAGAGUACCUACAUUCAAGAGGCGUAGUACACUGUGACAUUAAGGGACACAACAUUUUGUCAGGUAAAACCGGUGCCAAAAUUGCAGACUUUGGUUGUGCUAGGCGGGUUGAUCAGGCGGAGAGGGACGCUGCUGCAUCCGCCCAGCCAAUUGGCGGCACGCCGAUGUUUAUGGCACCGGAGGUGGCGCGUGGGGAAGAACAGGGGUUUGCAGCUGAUAUAUGGGGAUUAGGAUGUACAAUUAUUGAAAUGGCCACAGGUGGAUCACCUUGGACUAAUGUGACUAAUUCAGCUUCAUUGCUUUACAAAAUUGCAUUUUCAGGGCAAUCCCCCCAAAUUCCAAAGUUUCUGUCUUUACAAGCAAAGGAUUUCUUAAGCAAAUGCUUGAGAAGAGAUCCAAGAGAAAGAUGGACGGCUAAAGAACUUCUCAAGCAUCCAUUUCUUGAGGAAACAUCCAAUUCGAAUCAAGAUUUUGUUACAAGCUCCCCAACGAGCAUUCUUGAUCAAGACAUUUGGAAUUCAGUGGAGGAAACAGAAACCAUGGACUUUUGUUCAAUACAAACAGUUAGCUCAAUGGACUCUGCUGUGCAAAGGGUAAGAGAAUUGGGUUUGAAGUCAGGAGAACCGAAGUGGAGAUGGGACGACGAGAGAUGGAUUACACUUAGAAGAAGCAGCGAAUAACUAACAGAAAGACGAAGCAAUGACAGCUUUUUCCUAACUGUCAUGAUUAUGAAAUUUGAGAGCUGGUGUUGGAAAGAAACAGCUAACAAUUUUGCUGUAAAUUUUGGUACUAAACAGAAGCCAAUAGAGAUAUGGAGUAUUUGUUUCUCCCAAAGGUGUGAGGUUUACAAGAAACCGAAGAAGAAGAUUCAGGUUCCUGAGCCAUUAAACAAGAAGGAAUGCAAAGAAAUCCAACAUAAUAUUCAAAUGACUUUUCUGUUAUCUCUUGUGAACAGUGGAGAAAUUCAAAUUUUGAUCUUUAAACUUUUAAUUCUCAGGAUUUAUCUAUUAUAGAAAAAAUACUUUGCGUAGUAGUAGUACUAAUGUCGCAAGUGACGGCAAAAACCUUCCCUGAAUGCCGGAAAUAGCCAGGUAGACGGGGGCGGAGGAACAAUUACCAUUUGUUAGGCCUUUGGUUCAGUCCAUGUUGAAAAAAUAUUGGGUAAUAUCGGCAAGAAACUAAACUAAAAGC